AUGAAUUUUCAGUCAUAUUCACGUGGAUGGGUUUGCAAGAUCGUUUUCGUGGCUUUCCUCGUACUACUUCCGACUGCAGUUUUAGGGGAAUGUACUUGUGAUGCCGACGAGGAAGAUCGGAACAAAAGUUUAGCGCUCAAAUAUAAGUUAGCUGCUCUUGCUUCAAUCCUCGUUGCGAGUGCAAUUGGGGUUUGUCUUCCCGUUUUGGGGAAGUCCAUACGAGCUUUGAGUCCAGAGAGAAGCUUUUUCUUUAUUAUAAAGGCAUUCGCAGCCGGAGUAAUUUUGUCGACGGGUUUCAUCCACGUGCUUCCUGAUGCGUUCGAAAGCUUGACAUCUCCGUGUAUACCGGAUCGCCCGUGGGGAGAUUUUCCAUUCACGGGCUUCGUGGCGAUGGUUUCCGCCAUUGGGACUCUUAUGGUGGACACAUACGCAACCUCCUAUUACAGCAAGAAAUCAAGCGGCAAGGCGCAAAUAGCUAGUGGCGAAGAAGGAGUUGUCCCUGUUCAUACUCAUGCCACCCACGGUCACGCACAUGGAGCAGUAUCGAUGGAAAUUGAUUCUGGUGAAACACAACUUCUUCGUCACCGUGUAAUCUCACAGGUGUUGGAGUUGGGAAUUAUAGUCCAUUCUGUAAUUAUUGGAAUUGCUUUAGGUGCUUCUGAAAGUCCUAAAACGAUAAGGCCUUUAAUUGCUGCUUUGACCUUCCAUCAAUUCUUUGAAGGCAUAGGGCUAGGAGGAUGCAUAACCCAGGCUAAGUUUAAAUCAUGCGCAGUUGCAAUAAUGGCCCUCUUCUUCUCGCUCACAACCCCAAUAGGCAUCGUGAUAGGCAUCGGAAUAACCAACAUUUAUAGUGAGACCAGUCCCAAUGCUCUUAUUGAUUCUGUAUACUUUGUAGAAGAAGGAAAUAGAGUAGGUGCUAGCGUUAAUGUCUUCUUCAAGGCAGAACAAGCUGGGAAGAGGGCAGCAGACGAAGUGCAGCAAUUCCGGCUUUCAAUUACGGUGGACACAUUCACAACCUCCUAUUACAACAAGAAAUCAAGUGGCAGUGGCAAUGAAGGAGGAUUUGUCCCUGUUCAUACUCAUGCCACACACGGUCAUGCACAUGGAUCAGUAUCGAUGGAUACUGAUGCUGGUGAAACACAACUUCUUCGUCACCGCGUAAUCUCAAAGGUGUUGGAGUUGGGAAUUAUAGUCCAUUCUGUAAUUAUUGGAAUUGCUUUAGGUGCUUCUGAAAGUCCUAAAACAAUAAGGCCUCUAAUUGCUGCUUUGACCUUCCAUCAAUUCUUUGAAGGCAUAGGGCUAGGAGGAUGCAUAACCCAGGUAUUCACACUUGUAAUUCUUGUCUCAUGA